AAUACCUGGGCAAGCAAGAAAGCCCCUUCACAAACAAAUCACAGAAAGCACCGAAAACAAGAAAGACAGAAGAAGAAGAAAAAAAAUGGCAACCACGACCCUCGCAACCAUCCUUACCAAAUGCCACCGUGCAGGAGCAACGGUGACCCCGAAACCCUGGAGCCCUGGGGUUCUUGUUUCCAUUGCACCGCGCCCUUUUCAGGGAAAUUUACGCCAUGAGGUUACCGUUACACAUGCACGUAGGUCUACUGAAGCAGGGAAAGAACAUGCCGAUGAGGCGGUGAAAGCCGCCAAAGAUUUGAAAAAUGAUGCUUCCUCCACUGCUGAAGACAUGACCCAAAAAACAAAAGACGCGGCCGGGAAGGCAGCAAACACUGCGCAGGACAUAACAGAGAAAGCCAAGCAAACCGCUGAAGACGCAUGGGGCUCGGUUAAGGAUACCACUCAGAAGAUCAAAGACAAGGUUGUCGGAAAGGCCGAAGAAUCGAAGGAGUCGGUGAAACAGAAUUCCGAGAGCGUCAAGCGCAACAUGAACAUGAAAAACUACAACUAGCUCCUGAAAUUUGCAAAUCUGCACUGUCUAUGUCUUUCACUGUACAAAUUUUUUCCUUUUCUUUUUUUUUCUGUUGAAAAUAAGACUUGGCCGAGUGGAUGAGGCACUCCGUAUCCAACAUGAUGUCCGGAUCCAAGUCUCACCAUUGCGAGCUAGCUGCAAUAACGUUGCUUAAUUUUUGUACUUCUUUCUGUACUACCAUUUGGAGACAAAAGUCGCGCGGUUUUUUGAACCGAGAACUAGUGAUU